AUUUUUUUCAAUGCGUCAUUUCAAUGCACCCGAACUGGGGCGGGGUUUAAGGUUACGUAUCUGUUCUGUUGAAGCCGACAGUUUCACUCUCUUAGAGCAAAAAUGUCGAUACCUUGCGGCGCCUUGACUCGGAAUGCUUUGGCACUAAGGAACUUUGGCAUUUUCGUGGCGGUGCGCAAUGCCCAGACCAUGACUUCACCUGCUCCUGAACCCCGGGUAAAGAAGUUCCAGAUUUACCGCUGGGAUCCAGACACUGCUGGAGACAAACCCCGUAUGCAGACUUUUGAUGUUGACCUAAACACCUGUGGUCCGAUGGUUCUGGAUGCCCUCAUCAAGAUCAAGAAUGAGAUGGACCCCACGCUUACAUUCAGACGUUCCUGUCGUGAGGGUAUUUGUGGCUCAUGUGCCAUGAACAUCAAUGGAGGCAAUACGCUUGCAUGCCUCAACAAAAUAGACAGCAACACAAACAAAGCCACUAAAAUAUACCCGCUCCCUCACAUGUACGUGGUCAAAGAUCUUGUGCCUGACAUGAGCAACUUCUAUGCACAGUACAAAUCCAUUGAGCCCUACCUAAAAAAGAAGGAUGAAACUCGGGAAGGGAAGGACCAAUAUUACCAGUCAGUGGAGGACAGACAAAAACUGGACGGCUUGUAUGAGUGCAUCCUGUGUGCAUGCUGCAGCACCAGUUGUCCGAGUUAUUGGUGGAAUGGGGACAAAUACUUAGGACCCGCUGUUCUCAUGCAGGCCUACCGGUGGAUGAUCGACUCUCGCGAUGACUUUACUGAGGAGCGGCUGUCUAAACUUCAGGACCCCUUCUCUCUCUACCGCUGCCACACUAUCAUGAAUUGCACCAAGUCCUGCCCCAAGGGACUCAACCCAGCGAAGGCCAUCGCUGAGAUCAAGAAAAUGAUGGCAAUUUACCAAGAAAAGAAAGCGGUUGCAUCAUGAACAGACACGAGUUAAGACCGCUCAGAGCCACCGAUCGUACUUCCUCAAUUUCAGCUGAGUGGAAGAGAAGAUCUAACCAGGAACAUUGUCAUUUUUUGUAGAUGUGGGCAGUUACAUUGCUGACCAUGCUACAAAACGGUCAACAUAUUUAUUUUCACUUUACGAGUCGCAAUUAAAAAACUUUUUAAAAACAAUCCGGAACCUGAAGACGUUUGAGGUUAUUACAGUCAAAGGCUUUAAAUUGUGUUGUUAAGCCAAAAAAUGGAUGAGGUCAAAAUAGAAGUUAGCAUUUCUUGCUGGUCACCUCUAUAUCUUACUUUCUCAAUUGCAAUACAUGAAAUACAUGAGCUGUCUCAUGUCAGAGGUAAAAAUCUGAGCAUAACUAUCUAAUAUGUGAUUGUUCUGCUUGGACUAUAAAUGUAUUUUCCAGUUGUAGCAAUGUCAUCUGUGCAUUCGUAUUAACGUAUGAUUGUUCUGCUUGGACUAUAAAUGUAUUUUCCAGUUGUAGCAAUGUCAUCUGUGCAUUCGUAUUAACGUAUGAUUGUCAAUGAAUGAAUAAUGGGGGCAGUAAAAACACAUGAGUCCAAUGUAAUGAAAAUGUACAUAAACUGUAAAUAAUGGCACAUGUACUCAUUAAAAUAUGUUGACGUUAUAACGAAA